AAGCAUUCACUCUCAUUCGUCAUAAUGUAUGCUGAUGGAUGGCAUGCUGCAGGGUGCUGAGAGUCCCCAAAACGAUGGCUUCGGUGAGUUUAAACGUACGCUUGAAUUUGUGCACUGCACUCUGGCUUGGCUUAUACGUGUGUUUUCGAUGGUGUCAGUGGAUUGGAGAUCUCUCAAGCAAAAUCAAGACCAUGAUCAUGAUGGUUGGUCCAGUCCAAUAUAUGAAUUCAGUUCUUGUGGCUUUAUCAUAUCAGCAACGGUUUUAAUCUUUUCGAUUACUAGGCAACGGAGUAAUGCCAGCGAAGCACACACUCGAGCUUGUUCUUGAUACACUGCAGAGGUGAAGUGAAACUUGAUUGUAUUAACUACCUACAUGAAUGAUUAAGUUGAAUACUGAAUAUGAAUUCAUGUUUUUUAGGAGAGAUACAUAUGAGAUAUUUGCUCAACCAGUUGAUCCUAAUCAGGUUUGUGGUUUGUUUCUUCAUCUCAAAUUCUCUUAGCUCAGCUCGACUAUCUCUCGUUGUUUCUUAAACAGGUUGAGAAUUAUUACGAGAUCGUUAAAGAGCCUAUGGACUUUGGCACAAUGAGGGCUAAACUCCAUGAAGGGAUGUACCAAAAUCUUCAACAAUUCAAGGUUUGCUUCGCUUUGCUUCAUGUUUCAUGAGUAAACAACAGAAGCCAAGGCCUAAAUUGGUUUAUGUUGGCAGCAUGAUGUGUUUCUCAUACCAGAAAAUGCAAUGCAUUUCAACUCCUCCACCACCACUUACUUCAGACAGGUAACACUAACUCUCAACCUCAACGUUAUUCUCCAUUUCAUCGACGACCUCUACUGUGCCACAGGCGCGUGCUAUACAUGACUUAGCUAAUAAGGUCUUUCAUCUCCUUAAAACAAAUCCCGAAAACUUUGUCGAGGGGACAAGACGAAGAUCUAUGAGGAAAACUUUAUGCGGUUCCAUCCCUAAGCCCCCUGCUUCAACAUUUCGACCAAAGACCACUGGUUUUUAUCUUCCUCUUCCCUGUUUAUUUUCCAUGUUUUGCAAAUUCAUCCCUGAGAUGAAUACAUGUGUGUAUAUAUAUACAGGUAGACUGUCGAAUUCUCGAGUAGAAGAUAGGAGGAGAGUGACAUACUUGUGCAAGGAGGAUGCAGCAGGCUCAACCACUUCCAAACCACUGAUUCUGGGAGACAUUAGCUACGAGGAUAGCUUAAUGUCGUAUGUAAAGGAUUUGGGACCAACGGCACAAAUGGUUGCAAUGCGGAAGCUACUAGGACAGCAUGAAACAAAAACUUGUCACAAACCAAAACAAUUCAAGACAUUCCGCGACUUUGCUCCUGCAGGCUGCAACCCCUUUACCAAAGCUAGCAACACAGCUCGAGAUGGGGAAGAAGCAAAGUUGGAACAAAAGAGAAAAGACAAGAAAGCCACAGCCGUUAUUAAAGAUUUGAAUUGUUCAUCAAGACCGGUUAUACUAGCUUUAGAGAACUGCCAUUCUGAAUACAAGUCCAGAAACAAGAAAAGCUGCAAUGUAUCAGCAACUCCCAAACCUGUCUGCGAUGAAGCUGCUCCGCAGAAGCCAGAGAAGAAGCAUUUGCCAGUAUUAUCCCGCUUCACUUUCGAUCUUCCCUUCUUUAAAGCACGGCUUGAGCAGAUUAAUGCAGUGGAGAUGGGGUUGAAGAGGAAGAAACCGGGGCUCUCGAUUUAUCAAUGA